CCGGUGGUCGGCCACCUUAGCCACCUGGCAGAUGGUAGUUCGCCGCGCUCCCGCCAGAGUGCGCGCAGCGCAUGCCCGCGUUGUUGAGCGAUCUGGUUUGCGCUUUAUGCGCCACGUCGUGUCAGGUUCACCGUGGUUCACCGUCGUCAUCGUUGUCGUCAUCGUUGUCACUGUCCGUGCGUCGUCUGCAUAUUGUUGCCGCGGGUACGCGCACAGGUUGUCCGGUCGCCACGCUCAUUGUUUCCGUCGCAAACAACAUCGUGCGUCGCUAUGGAUCACAUCGGCCUGCUGCUGCAGCACUCGCAAUACGUGUACGCGAUCCCUGUGGGUAUCGUGCUGAUAUGCGCCAUUCUCGUGUUUGCCUUCGGCUUCAAGAAGGCCGAGCAGCCGCCGUUUGCGCAGCUCUCCUCGGGCUCCGACGUGGACCGGAAACUUGCCAGGAAGCGCGGCAAGAUCCGUGAAAAGAAAGCUGCUAAUGGACAAAUUGCAUCUGAGAAAACAAGUCCAGCUAAAAAGACAUUAGCAGCAAAAGUAGAAGCUCCUAAGAAAGCUACCAAAGGAGAUGAUGUUGAGGGCAAAUUAAAAGAGCGUAAACAAGAAGACAACAAAAUCGUUGGUACUAAGAAAGAAAAGGAACAGCUAUUGACUAAGGCUGGCAAAGAGAACAAAGUGGAGCAGACAAAGAAUAAGAAGAAUUUGAAGAAUUUAUUCCAGGAAAAACCAGUGGAUUUUGACGAUGGAGAUUGGGAGCAAGCUUAUUCACGCAAGGAUAAGAAGAACAAGAAGAAGGAGGAGGAAUCUCCUUCAAAGAAGAACAAGAAAGCUUCCAAGAAGACUGAUAUAAUAAAUGAAGCUAAACAGAAAGAACAAGAGAAGCCCGAAAUCAAGGAUAAGAUUGCUAAGGAAACUGAAAAUAAGGAGCUUAAGGAGAAGGAGAAAAAGGAAGUGAUUCUCACAUCUAUUUCCGGCGAGGAGAUAGAUAAAGCUAAGGAACCACAGAAAGAAGAACAGAGCAAGAUUGACAAAGUCGAGAAGGAAGAGAAAAAAUCUGGAAAAUCGAAAAAGAAUAAGAAAGCUUCUGAAGGCGAGAAUACACCCGCUUCGGUACCAUCUACACCAAAGACAGAUAAUAAGCCUAUCGCGGAAGAGCAGCAGAAAAUGCCGGCGAAUGCGGAAAAAGUAAACAAUGUGGAAGAAAAUAAAGUGGUAGAAAAUAAAGAGAAAACCGCCAUGUUCGACGAAUUAGGAGACGUUUGGACAGAAGCAAAACCACAGAAAAAAAGUAAAAAAAAGGCUCGUAAAGAUAACUGAAGAUAAUUACGUGUAACGCUAAUGAUAUUACUCCUUGCAAAAAGGAAUAGAGUGAGAAUUCUGUUCGGUCCAAAGGGCGUUUGUCGCUUUCGACAAAUCAGGUGUGUUUCAAAUGACUUGCUAAUCACCACCUGACCAAAUCGUUCCUUUUCCCUUGUACAUAGUACCAAUUAAACUUAGGUUAUUCAAUUAUGAUUUUUUAGUUGUCAUGACUUGGAGAUGGCGUAAAAACGCUACAUGUAGUACGAAGAUUUUUUUGUAUGUUUUUCAUUUCUUGUAGUCCACGCUAUCUUGCAUUUAAUAAGAGUGGUAUAAGUCACAGUUUUCACCAGGCAAUUCUUGUGCACACAUUAGGUUUCAUAGAUACUUUUACGCAUAUCCAUAAUAGGGUAUUAUAUUUUAUUUGUAUAAUUGUAACUUUAUAUAUAUAAUGGAUAUGUAUCAUAGUUUUAUAAUGGUUCUGAAUGGUACUUAUGCCAUUUACGUUUUGUGUCUUUACGAAUUGAUAAUCUUACAAAGAAUAUUUUGUACAACCAUACUAUAUUUCUAUAUUAAGAACAAUAAUUUUGUGCGCAUUAUUGUAUCUCGCUGUUACUUAAACGCUGGUUCUUCUCUUUGACAUCUCAUAUUAUAUUAUUUGUACGAACGGUUGAAAGGCAAACAUAGAAAGUACAUCUCUCGGUAAUAUUCAUAAUGCAGGACAAUCUUUGGAGGCGAUAAACUUAUAUUGCUGACGUGUAGAAUGGAUUUUAAUAAAAAUCAUAUUUUUCUACACGAUUAAGUCGCGCUUAGUGACUCAUUAUUUUCUGCUUCAAAUGCUCUAGAAUCUAUCUUGUAAUAAUUAAUGUAUUUCCAUAUUUAUGUACAUCAGCAAUAUAAGUUUUAUGAAUGGAUAUAGAUAACAUUACCUAUAUUUAUGGUAGUAGAAGUCAUAUAUGUGAUAACGAUAAUGAUUAACUUUAAUAGAUCCUGAUUUAUAUUCUGCUGUACAUUAUGCAACAGAAUAUGUAUAUAUACAUGUUGAAAUUAAGAGAGACAAAAUCUACGUUAGUGCUAUAUCCUGUAGUGAUUCACGGAUAAUUAUUUGUUAAUUAUUUAAUGCUGUUGUACUUCAUGCCAGUGAAAAUCUAACAAUAACUUCGAGUAGAAGAAAAUUUAUUCGGCAGAAAGUGAAGGGAAAUGAUUCAAAAUUUUUACGACAUAGAUAU